CCGCCAUGACCAAGCUCUUCGUCACCAUCGCCUGCGCCCUGGCUGCACUCACGCCUGCCUAUGGCCGCGACAGCAACAGCGACAUCGUGUACGGUGCUGAUGCGCCCACCUACACACUGGCCCGCACUGCGCUGGACGCGCGCUCGGUUCCGUUCGCCAACCACUCCGCCAACGCACCCUUCGGCUCGUAUCUGCAGCAGACGCUGGACUUUGCUCCAUUCAAGAAGCUCUUUGACCAGGUGAACGCAACCGAGAAGACGCUCAAGUCGCGCGGCGAGGCCCACAUCACCGUGGUGACGCCGCCCGAGUUCGACCAGGUGCUGAAGCCCGCCGGCAUCACCAUCCAGGAAAUCGAGGCCAUCGCCAAGGCCCGGCGCAUCCAGUCGGCGCGCCUGAGACCCGUGUGCCUGGGCCGGUUCAAGGCCAGCCUGCCGACCCCCGCCUCUGAUGCCGACAAGGGCCAGUUCACGCUGUACUCGCUGGUGGUCGCCGACGUGCACGGCGACCUGCUGGCUAUCCGCCAGGACAUCUACAAGCUGUUCCGCAAGCGCGGCGGAGAGGGCGCGCUGUUCCAGCCCGAGGCCUUCUGGCCCCACGUCACCAUGGGAUUCGACCGCCGCGACCUGUUCAUCACCGACGGCGUCUACAAGGGCUCCAACUACUGCUAUGCGCCGAUCCGGCUCUCCAAGAACUAAUUUGCUUUUAUUUGACAACUCGGCUUUUUUUUCCCCAAUAAAUUUCUUUUCUUCUCCCUGUCUAGUUUGACACUGCCAUGGCCUCGGGCUGCGAGCCCUUGGCCAGUUCUACGCGCAGCUGGUUGGAAAAGUCGUCCUCGAGGUCGUCGUCGUCCCAGUUGUCGUCCCACAGCGUCGCGUCUUCCUUAUCCUCGGCGUCAGGCGACCAGUCCUCGACCUCAAACUCCUCAAACUCGUCAUCCUCCUCCAAUGCGCCCGUGGUCGGCAGCUUCUGUGUCGCGUUGGCCGGGGCCUGCUGCUCGGCGGGCUUGCUGUUCGACGUCUGCAUUGUGGACAUUGUGUAAAAGAAAGGGCAAAUAGACAAGAUACUUGAAUUGAAAAGAAGCUGUGCUUGCGCAGUGUAGCUG